GAAACUUAAUUAAUCAACACUUGGACGUUUGUUCUCUAAUCCUCAUGGAGUUAUCAGGCGGGCGAAUGAGGGCACCAUAGAAUUGUUCUCGGAGACUUUUGUAUCUGAAUUUUUUCUUUUCUGCCUCCGCCCGAUCCCGAGCCGUUUUCGUGAACUGCGCAGGUGGACUGAGCCCGAUGCGGAUUUAACGGAGCAACCUUCCCUAGAUCGGGGAUUAUAAAUCGCCGACGUCAGCAACGGCAAAGAUAACGCCGCUAGAAAACAACUAGCUCACAAAUACCAGAUAACCGCCUUCUCUUACCAGAAUUUACGAAUGAAGUUGUUCUUUUCAAGUAUACCAUCAAUGUCGCCAUUCAGCCCAUACCGGUAGAAUAAUAAUACCUCAUUGGGUUUUGUUUGUCUCGUAUUACUGCUCGCCUUGCGCCAAGGCAGCCAUGUUCCGACUCAAUAUAGCUCGCCUGAGCUCCGGCGCCCCAAACAGAAGAUUACUCACCGCGACCACCGCCCGAAUACCGAGCUGCCUGUCUUGCGCAUCCCUCGCGCGACCGACACGCCGAAUCCCCACGGCAAUCUUACCAUCCAUCCGAACCCUCCAAACGCAGCACACACCCUCGGACUUUCGCCCCGCAGUACCGCCCUCUCCCUCAUCCCUUGGCGGGCCAAGAAAGGCACGCACAUAUACGCGCAGCCGUAAAUGGGCGCGCCGACUCUUCAUCGCCAGCGCGGUGCUGGGCACCCUCUACGCGAUCGACAGCCAGGUGUACGCCUCGGGCAUGGGCCGGUCGCUGCGCACCUUUGGCACGGGACUGCUCGUUGCGCUCGACUACAAGAUCAACUUCCGGCCGGACCCGCUGCCGCUGAUCGGCUCGUCGGGAACCAUUGAGGACCUGCACCGCCGCAACGCCGAGCGCCUGUUUGAGCUGCUGCGCAAGAAUGGCGGGCUGUACCUCAAGAUUGGCCAGGCCAUCGCCAUGCAAAGCGCGGUGCUACCGCCCGAGUUUCAGCGCAUGUUUGCGCGCAUGUUUGACGACGCCCCCUCAGUGUCGUGGGACGAAGUCGAGAGGGUCAUCAGGGAGGACUUUGGCGGGCGGUCCGUGCAGGAUGUGUUUGGUGUGAGCUUCGCGGGCGCGGAUGGCCGUGGCGUCAUGGAGAGGUCGGCCAGGGCAAGUGCCAGCGUUGCGCAGGUGCACUGGGCGAGGUUAUCGGACGGCACCGAGGUUGCCGUCAAGAUCCAGAAGCCAGAGAUCGCCAAGCAGAUAGGCUGGGAUCUGUGGUCGUUCAAGGCUGUCACCUGGAUCUAUUCAUGGUGGUUUGAUCUUCCCUUCUACAGCAUGGUGCCCUUCAUUACAGAGCGCCUGGAACUGGAGACGGACUUUAUCAACGAAGCAAAAAACUCAGAUACAAUGCGUGAUCUCAUCGCCGAUGAACCUUAUCUACGUGGACGUGUCUACAUCCCCAAGGUCUUCUCUGAACUCAGCAGCAAGCGUGUCCUAGUUACAGAGUGGAUAGAGGGCGUCAGGUUAUGGGACCGCGAGGCAAUGACGAGGCCCUGGUACGGCGGCUACGGCAAGGGCUCUCUGGGCGUUAACGGAACCCCGCUUCCAUCCCCAGACAUGGCGGCCGUGCGGGCGGAGCUGCGUCGAAAUCCAGAGAGCUCAAAGCUUAAGCCGGAGCGUGACGAAUGGCGAGGCCGGAACGGCAAGGGAGGGCUGGGCCUCAGCAAGAAGGACGUCAUGACGACCAUUGUGGACCUUUUUAGCGCCCAGAUCUUCAAGUUUGGUGUGGUCCACUGCGACCCGCACCCGGGCAACAUCUUCAUCCGCCGGCUGCCGGGCGGGCGGGCGGAGCUGGUGCUGAUCGACCACGGUCUGUACGUCUACUUGACGCCCAAGUUCCGACGUGAGUACUCGGAGUUCUGGAAGGCGCUCAUGACCUUCGACAACAAGACCAUCGCCAGGGUGUGCGACCAGUGGGGCAUCAAAGGGGCGGACCUGUUUGCGAGCGCGACGCUGAUGCGGCCGUACGAGGGCGGCGACGGCCACUACCGGCGGCAGCUGCUCGGCAUGGACCUGCCCGAGGACAUGACACCCAAGCAGCGGCGGUUCGAGCUGCAGAAGCGGUCUAAGCAGGCAGUGCGCGAGAUGCUGGCUGACGAGAACAAGUGGCCCAAGGAGCUCAUCUUUAUCGGCCGCAACAUGCGCAUCGUCCAGGGAAACAACCAGCACAUGGGAUCCCCCGUCAACCGCGUCAAGAUGAUGGGCGAGUGGGCGAGCAGGAGCAUGUUUGAGGACCGGGAUCGGCCAUUCCGUGAACGCGUGGCCAACAUGUGGCGACACGCGCUGUUCAAGACGGUCCUGACGGCCAGUGACGUCGUGUUCUACUUUUUCAAGCUCCGGCAGUUCCUGGGGCUCGGCGGCGGCAUGGAAGACGAGGUGGAGGCAAGGAUGAGGCAGAUGGCCGGGGAUUUCGGGGUCGAGUUGCAGCAUGAUGUGUUUGCUGGGUGAAACAAAGCUCGGUCACUUGAGAGGGGGACAUAAUUUCUAUUACAUGAAAAGGGCUUUGAAAGUCGUUUUGUACAACAUCAUGGCAUGAUUACGCAUACGCUUGUUAGAAGGGACGCAGCAUAGAGCGCAACUCUACGGCGCGUUUUUUUCUCGGCGCAAGGAGUUUUCUGUAGACAUCGCAAAAGAAAAAUAAAUUCAUCUCAUCAGUUAUUCCA